GGGAGGUUAGACACAGUGCCAGCCCUACAAGCUAAUUAUUAAUGUCUGUAUUUUUCAAAGUUAAUUUUACGAUUGGUUUAAACUGAGAGCUCACUCCAAAGCGAAUACGUUUUUCAAUGAACUCCUCCCAUGGAAAUUCAAAAUGUUGAUGCUUUACAAUAAAGGAGAUGAUAACCUUCAUCUCUAGAAGAGUGAAGGCUUGGCCUUGGCACUUAUUGAGGUCAUGCCCAAAGUAUCUAGUCAAGAGUUAUGCCUCUCACCUACAAACUCGUAGGGAUAAAGCCAUAUCUGAUAACUUGUCUCUUGUUAAGAAGGACUCCACAGAUUUGGAUGUAUUUAUCACAUUGGUACGCAAAUAAAUUAGUGAAGACUGAGUCCUAUCUCAGACUUUUUGAAGACACAUACAAUGAUCGCACUAGUUCUUGAAUCAUUUCAUCCAGAAGAAAAGUCAAGCUCAAGUCUCAUACUUUAGCAAGAAAGUUCCUCAUAUGCCAAGGAGAUUUCAGGUACAGAUUUGUCAGAAUUAUAAUCAAUCCUAGGUCAAAAUUUGUAAAAUUUCUUGCUUAGCAGUCAUGACUAGAUUUCUCAAGUCCAGAUGAGGUAAUCUGGUCUCACUAAAAAGUACCAGAUUCAAGAUUUCUCAAUAUGUAAGAAGUGAAAUAUUCAUCUUGGAAAGCUUAGCUUCUUCAGGUUGUGCAUUGCUUAGUUGACUUCUUACCCUCUGUGUGAUAAAUCUUGGUAGUGAUACAUUUAGUGAUGCAUUAGAGACUAUAUCUCAGUUUGUAGUCUU